GCGGAAACGGAAGCUUAAGCGGAAAAUCCCGAUACGCAGCGAGCGCCUCGGGAGUGUUCAGUCGUUCUUUUGGAUGAACGUCGUGGAUGGUCGCUUGGAGGGUCUUGUGCCUGUUGCUGGCGAGGCCUUUGGCACAAACGUGCCCGGGCGUUGUGGAGAAAGAUGACAUUGGCCCUGCGAUGACAUGCGGAGUGCCAUGUCAACUCAUGGAGCUGAGCAAUGCUGACCAGUGCAGAUUUGACACAUCUGCUUGUGGCGAGACGGUGCCUGCGGGCACAAGUUGCCCGGUGGCUUGCCGCAGCCCCUUCCGGGGAGACCCGGCGUUGGCGACCUGUCCACCGGGGAACACCGACCUCUUUUUUAAAACUGAAUUGACGGCGCCGGAUUGCGAUUUGUUUGCCAGUGACUGUCCAGAGGGAGAGAUACCGGAGGCAUACCAGAGAUUGUUGGAUGGACCGGGUUGGGAGUGUGCGCCGGGCUAUGCCGGGACAGCAACUGCCAGAUGUGUUCCAGAUGAGAACUGCCAAAGCACCUUGCAGUUCUUCGGCUGCGAGAGAACAACUGCCUGUGCUCCGCCCAUCAAUCUGAUUGGAUGUGUGCUGGACGUCACGCGAUGUGCAGAGAUCGAGCCUGGCGGCUCUUGCCAGGUGAGCUGCCGGUUCCCCUACACGGGCUGGUCCAGUGUGGCCGUGUGCCGGCCGGACAAUGUGAAUCCGGAGGUGGGCUUGUUGGUGGUGGAGCCCCAGUGCACCUUGACGUGCGAGGACCCCCCCAACGAGCCGGAUGGCUACAUCAAGGUGUCCUUUGGGAACGGCUGGGCCUGCGCUCCGGGCUAUGGGGGUGAGGCGAUGUGGGAGUGUGUCAUCGACUCCGUGUGCGCGUCCAAGAAGGUGCUCUCCGGCUGCUCCUUGCUGGCCCGCUGCAUUCUGCCCGUGGAGGACCCCUGCGUCUACGACUUCACGGAGUGCAUCGGGGACUCUGCGGCCCCUGGAAGCUUUUGCAAGGUCCACUGCAAGUCCCCCUACCGGGGCAACUCCACCAAUGCCAGCUGCCCAGCCGGAAACACGGACCCCCUCCGCCAGCUCGACUGGGAAAGGCCCAAUUGCGACAUCAACUGCGGGGCAGCAGACGUCCCGGUCGGCUACCUGUCCCACCCCUACGAGCGAGUCUAUGGUGGCUGGCAAUGCGUUUUUGGAUAUGCGGGCUUUCCCAGGGUGACCUGCGGGACCGACGCCAAUUGCAAUCCACAGCUCCAAUUUUCCGGCUGCAACGCCCUGGUGCCCUGCGAUGCGCCGGUCCUGUCCUCUGGAGAGCUGUGUGCUUUCCAGCAUACAUGCAUCUCUGUACGGUCUGGAGACUCCUGCGAGGUCACAUGCAGACCUCCGUAUGUGGGCGGAGUUGCAAAUGCCGAGUGCCCCCCAAACAACACUCUGGUGGGAAGGCAGUUGAUUUGGGCCGCGCCAGACUGCAACCUGGAGUGUCCAAUGCCAGAUCCAAUACCAACUGGCUAUGUCACAGCUGGAACUGAGCCCUCAGGCAAGCAGCUGUGGGCGUGUGCUCCGUACUUCGAAGGAUUUCCAACAGUGACCUGCCGGAUCGGCGAUGGAUGCCAGGCGGCCUUCGAGUUUCAGGGCUGCGUUCCUCAAACCACCUGCGCAGUGCCGGAAAACACCCCCUGCUCCUUGGACUGGUCCGCCUGCCAAAGCGUUUUCGCCGGAAGCAGCUGCGAGUUGGCGUGCGGCCCCAGCUUCACCGGCAACGUCACAGAGGCCACCUGUCCUGAGGGCAACGUGGAUCCCACCACGCCCUUGGAGUGGACCUUCCCGGGCUGCACGUUGACUUGCAAGGACCCAGAGGACCCGGUGGGCUACGUCAAGAGCCGGUUCAUGUGCGCGCAGAACUACACGGGCAAUCCGGACACGCGCUGCGCUGCGGACUUCUCGGACAGCUGCAAUCCCACCUAUUCCUUCUCGGGGUGCAAGGCGGUGGUGCCUUGUGCGGCACCCAAACCUGGGAUGGGCCCGGGCGCCCUCCAACGAAUUCGCGAUGACGCGGAUGACUUCUGCAUGUUCGAUUUUUCCGACUGCCAAUCUGUGGCGCCAGGUGGCAAUUGCACGAUCCGCUGCGGCUCGGACUAUUCGGGCAAGCCGACUGUGGCUUACUGUCCAUCCGACAACACGGAUCCGCAGGGCAACCUCAUUUUCAUGGAGCCGAUUUGCGCGCUGAAGCCCUGCGGCGUAGCAGCCCCCCCUGGGUAUACGGAGACGCCCUGCGGCUGGGUCUGCGACGAGGGUUACAUCGGCGAAGUGGAGGCGUACUGCAGCCCCAUGGGCACUGAGCCGGGGAAGUGCAGGUCUGAGCUGGUGAUCGGCGGGUGCACCCAAACAGUGCAGUGCGCGCCCUUGAUGGUCAACGACACCUGCCGAACCAAUGUCUCGCAAUGCCAGGCGCUCCAGCCGGGGCAAGGCUGCAACAUCACCUGCGCCGAGCCAUACACGGGGGGCCAAGGGGAGAAUGCCACCUGGGCUUAUUGCCCCGGAAGCACCACGCGGCUGUUCCAGCAGCCCCUUUGGGGCACCGAGCUGGGAGAGUGGGCCAUCGACUGCGACGUGGAGUGUGCCUUGCCCGAGCCCAUCCCGGAGGGCUAUUUGCUGACGGGAGUGUGGCUUUGCGAUUCCGGCCUGGGCUACAGUGGGGAGGCUUCGGCGGAGUGCAUCGUCAAUGCCUCCACCUGCGAGCCUGAGCUGAUCAUCACCGGCUGCUUUCCAACGGCUCCCUGCAAUCUCCCAGAGAUCGACGCCUGCCAGCACGACGUUUCUGCAUGCCCCAGCUCCUUAGCGGCCGGCACCUCUUGCGAGGUGCAGUGCAAGCCCCCUUACAUGACCCCGUUGGGCGAGCCCGGUGGCUCCAUCGCCUGCAGGGAUCGCAACAUUGAUCCCACGGCAGCCGUUUGGUCACCUCCGAGGUGCAUCCUGGGCUGUGCUGAGCCCUCAUCGCAGUACGGAUAUCGCAACGUACUUGGGGCCUGGCAAUGUGCUGAGGGCUUCAAUGGACCUGGCGCCAUUUGGUCAGAGUGCGUCGUGGACCCAGCCUCAUGUGUCUCCUUUCCCCGACUUUUCGGCUGCUCACCGUACGUCCCCUGCGCUCCGCCAGACCUGACGCCGAUACAAAGUUGCAUGCUGGAUAUCGCGAGCGGCAACUGCGAGGCUGUGCAGCCUGGAGAAGUUUGCACGGUCUAUUGCGCACUGCCGUUUAUAGGCGACAAACUGGGUGCCGGAUGUCCAGCCACAAACAUCGACCCAACAAGAAUCAUCAACUGGGCUGCACCGGUGUGCUACUGCCCUGUACCUCUCCCAGUUCCUGAGGGCUAUAUGCAUAUGGGCAAAGAUGAGUACCGGUGCGCCGAAGGUUUUUUGGGCACUGCGAACUACAGAUGCGACAUCGACACCACCACAUGCACUCACCAGGUGGUGCUGACGGGAUGCUAUCCCUUGGCUCCUUGUGAUCGGCCGCAGGUGGACGACUACGAUCUCUGCAAGCUGGACUUUACGAACUGCCAGGGACCUUUGGAGCCCGGCGAGGUCUGCAACAUCACCUGCAGAGAGGGCUUCAAUCAGAACAUCUCCGACUCGCAAUGCCCGCCCGCAAACACGGUCCCCUACUUCUCUCCUUCAUUGGACAUCUACUGCGGCGAGUACACCUGUGCGACGGCGGACGAGUGGGCCAGUGAGAACCCCCUGCCCAAGGGCUAUGAUGUCGGUAUCUGGCGCUGUACAGACGGCUACCGAGGAUCAACGUCGACCAAGUGCGUACAGUCUGAUGAGUGUGGUGGCACGCUGGAGUUGUCAGGGUGUAUCCCCUUGCAGCCCUGUUCCGUACCUAGACUCAGCAAAAGGGAUACCUGCAGGUACAACUUUACAGAUUGUGAGAUGACACCAUCUGGGCAGUUCUGUGAUGUUCACUGUGUCCAUCCCUUUGUGGGUGAGCCAGGCAAGGCAUUCUGCAAGCCGGACAAUGUGGACUUGGGCACGGUGUUGGAGUGGGUUGAGCCCGAGUGUAGCACGCAGUGCGCAGCUCCUGAUCCCGUUCCCCCGGGCUACGUCAAGGAUUCCUGUGGAUGGCACUGUGCUCCGGGCUACGACGGGAAGGCGCGCGCCCUCUGCGACGUGGACGACGACUGUCAUCCGCACUUGACUUUGACGGGCUGCGCGCGGGAAGAGGACUGCGUGGUGCCGAGCUUCGACCCCUGCCGCUUCGACUUUGCUCAGUGCGCGGAUCCGGUGCCCCCUGGCGCCUCGUGCCAGGCGAGGUGCAAGGCUCCUUAUCACGGCGCAGACUUCCCGGCGGUCUGCCCAGCAGGCAAUACGAUUCCUGGCCAAGGUCUUUCCUUUGACGCCGAGCGCUGCAGCCUCACGUGCCCCAUGCCGGACCCUCCGCCUGGGUACACGUACGUAGGGACCAGCAACGACACUGGUUCUUCAAGCUCCUGGAGCUGUGCGCCGAACUUCGUGGGCCGCGCUGUGGCCACUUGCGCCCUGAGCCCCAACUGCGGCCCCCCCCGGCUGCAGCUCACCGGCUGCGACGAGAAUGUGCCGUGCCUGGCGCUCGGCUUGGACCAGUGCCAGUUCUCCGACUGUGGCGUUUUGGCGCCGGGGGCGCGCUGCGAGAUCGGGUGCCGGUGGCCCUACGAGGGCAACUCCUCGGUGGCCAGCUGCCCGGAUCCCAACAUCGACCCCAGCCGCUUCCCGGACUUCGAGGUGCCGGAGUGCUCCCUGGUGUGCCCACCGCUGGUAGUCCCUGCUAACUACACGAUGACCGAGGGUGGCAUCAUUUGCGCAGAGGGAGCUGUGGGCGCGGCCUCGGUGGAGUGCCGCAUCACUGCAGAGUGCCAGGCCUAUUGGCACUUCGAGGGCUGCGCCAUGCUGGUGCCCUGUGCGACUCCUCUGGUGGAUUUGUGCCGAGUGGACCUGGGGAACUGCUCGGACCUGGGCCCGGGGGAGUUUUGCAUCAUGGGCUGCAGGGACGGCUUUGACGGUGGGGAGGCGAUUGGCAGAUGCCCCAUGGACAACAGCAACGCUUCCUUCCGCGUGCAGCUGGACGAAGAGUUGGCCUGCCACUGCACCCCGGGUCCACCGCAGUCUGGGUAUGAGCUCGUCGGCAGGAAUGUGGAUGGUGGGCGCUGGCAAUGCGCAGCAGACUGGACAGGCGACGCCAAAGCCAGCUGUGCCAUCGAUGAAGCCUGCAGGAUGGACGUGACGCUCGCCGGAUGCGUGCCGGUGUACAGCUGCGCCGCCCCGGACGCUGCCUACCUUAGCGAUCCAGCAGAUUGCCAGAACAUCCCAGCAGGAGAGACCUGCGAGGCACAGUGCGCCCCAUCCCAAUGUAUUUCCGGCGGCCCUCUGCUCUUCAGCUGCCCAAGUGGCAACACCGACGCGAGCCGACCCGCGACUUGGGAGUCCGGGGCUUGCAAAGUCAAGUGCGAGAUCUGCAGGUCGUCUGCGCUGAUCGACACCGACCCUCGGCCGGGCUUUCUGACUGGCACACUUCAGUUUGGGGAGGCGCACUCCAGUGGUCUCAUGCCAGUGGACGGAGUGCAUGCCUAUCGGCUGUUCUUCGCAGAUGAGUGUGGCCUACAGCUGGGCCCUACAUUGGGCUAUGUCCCAAGGAGUGACAUGCUCUAUGCAUGCUGCGCCCCAACCGCCUACUCCUUGAGAGUGGAGGCCGAAAUCCCGCCAAAUGCAGUGCAAAUGAUCAUCGCGAUCAACACCAGCUUCGGCGAGCUUCCGAUCGGGACAAGCAUAUCCUACUCGGAUCUGACUGAGACCCAAGCGCCAACCACCUUGAGGCCCAUUACUGCGUCUUGCCAAGGCUUUGCGUGGCACUGGAUGUGGAUGUGUCUGAUCGGAAUUCAUUGGUGACGCCCGGAGAUCGCUUCCCGCCGGACCGCUCAGCGGCCGGAGAAUCCUUUUUAGCGACCGCCUCUCCAAGAGAGAGCCGUCCUGUGCACGACCCAGCAUCCAAAUUUGGCCAACUUGAUGCAAGUCUAUGAGCACGGCCGCACUUUGGAAGCUGAGGGAAACCAUUGGCGAAGGAAGAAAGCACCGUGAGGUGAGCAGCCGGUGUCAUUUGUUUGAGAUUGAGCAGGCAGAAGCAAUCUUGUUCACAAGGGGCGUGGCAGCACAGAUCCACCU